CUAUUAUUUGGAAAAAGAAAAAAGAAAUUGGAAGACAACUUUAAAAUAGAAUGUCAAGCUCAACAUCUUCUACUGAGGCCGGGACCUCUCCUCCAAGACGUAGGCGGAGACAUGAUACGUCAUCAUCUGCGGAGGAGAGGCCUCGCGGCCCAGAGACCGCUGGAGAGGAGGAAGUUGGUGGUGGAGGACAUGAAGCGGUCGCUCCUCCCGUUGGAUCCAACAGAGGUCGUCAAUCUAAAGCCAGAGGAAGUCGGGGAGGCCGCGGCGGUCGUGUUCGUGGUUCACGACGCUCCACCAGAACGGAUGAGGAGGAAUUUGGCAGUUGUAUAAUUGACAAUGAACUCCUCAUCCAGAUGGUGGAGGACAGACCACCACUGUGGGACCACACGGACCGCCGCCAUGCUGACCAUCAUGCUACCCGGCUCCUCUGGCUUGAGAUAUGCGAAGUUUUAGUGCCUAAUUGGGACAACCUUAAUGAGAGUCAACGGGAGGAGUGCCGGACUACAAUCCUGGUGCGGUGGCGGUCAAUGAGGGACCGCUAUAAGAAGGACUACAACGAGGAGGUCAAGCGCCCGAGUGGUUCAGGAGGAAGCCAAAAGCGUCCGUACCAGUAUGCGGCCGCAUUAGGUUUUCUUCGGAGAACCCUACAGCUGCGAAGCACAUCUAGCAGUACUCGGGCGCAACAAGCUCCUCGUUUAGUCCUUCCAGAGGCCGGAGCUCAAGAGGCGGUCCCCGAAGAGCCGCCCAACGUGGGUCCCUCACGUCCUACUCCAACAGCUGGUCGGGACCUCAAUGUUCCCCUACCUGUGCCCUCUGGUGACGCAACAAUGGCCACAAUGGCACCACUUUUUGAGGCAUUGAUGCGUCACCAGAGGACCGGUAGGAGCCGUCAGGCGGACUACGAGGAUCUCACAAGGCUCGUUUACGAGUCCUUGAUGGGAUAUACCAAUAGAAUUGCCGCUUUGGAGGAACAAAGGUUAUUGGAUGCACCCAAUAGCGACGCUUUCUACGCUGUCUGUCUCGAAAACAUCUUCUCCAGCGCAAAACCAGAAUUAGAGCCUGAAAUCCAAAACUAA